AUGAGGAGUUCUAAAAUAGUUGAACACAUUGCAUUGUGUGCAGUUAUAAUUAAAAAAAGCAAUGUGGUUAAUGAAAGGCCGAUUGUUGGUAUUUUAUCUCAAGAACAGUCUUUUCAACUCAGAGAAAAAUACGUCGAUGAAAAUUAUACGAGUUAUAUAGCAGCUUCUUACGUUAAGGAUGUUGAAGCGUCAGGCGCUCGAGUGGUGCCUAUUCUUAUUGGAAAGGAUCGCAGUUACUAUAAACAACUCAUGGGAAAGAUAAAUGGAGUCCUACUUCCGGGUGGCGCAACAUACUUUAAUAAUUCAAACGGUUAUGCCGACGCUGGUCAGCAUAUUUACGAAAUUGCUCAGGAAUUAAAUGAUGCCGGCGAUUACUUUCCCAUAUUUGGAACUUGCUUGGGUUUUGAACUCCUCAUAAUAUUAGCGUCAGGACGAGGCAAAGAGGAAAACAGAAUUGGAUGUAAAUCUUACAGUAAUCGCAGGCUUCAUUUUAGUAAUGAUUAUUACACAAGUAAAAUGUUUAAAGAAGCUCCAAGUGAUGUUAUUGACAUUUUGAAAAACAAAGAGGUUACUGUAAACUAUCAUCAGUUUUGUAUAGUGGAUGAAAACAUAAAAUCGCACAAUCUAGAUAGAUUCUGGCGCGUGACGUCACACAGUACUGAUGAUAAUGGUUUGGAAUUCGUUUCGAGUGUUGAACAUAAAAGAUAUCCAUUUUAUGGAGUCCAGUUCCAUCCAGAGAAGAGCGCUUUUGAAUGGAAAGCUUCGAGAGGGUACCCACAUACAGCAGAGGCAGUGCGAGCAAAUCGUUAUUUUAUGGAUUUUUUCGUGGAGGAAUGUAGGAAAAAUUUUCACAGCUUUUCAAAAAACGAAAGUCAAAAUUUAAUUUAUAAUUACAAUCCACAUUAUACAGGCAUCCUAGGCAGUGCUUAUGAGCAAUGUUAUUUUUUUGAACCUAGAAGAAAUGUUUCU